AUGCCGCACUCGCACGCGCGCACACUCGCACUCGCUCUCACGCUCGUCUGCGUCGUGUGCUUCCUCCCCUCCGCACACGCGUUCGGAGCGGGAAACAUCCCCGGGUAUUCGUUCCUCGAGGGAAAGGCCUUCCGCCAUGGCGACAUCGAAGACGCCCUCGCCGAGCUUAUCAAAAAGUCCGGCGGGAUCUUGGGCAGGGGCAGCAAGUUUGGUGGGUUGGACAUCAAGCGCGUUUACUUUGGCAACUGGCUCCGCGACUACUCGCAAGCGAUGGACAUAGCCGGCCUCUCGAAGCUCUCGAAGCAGACCAUCCUCAACCUCGUCAUGGCCCUCGGCUUCCUGGCGCACGGGUACGCGACGGGAGAGUUCGAGGUCACGGAUGAGAGGUUGGGGGUGUAUUUGCCUGUCGAACAUAUCGACAACCCGAAGGGCUACGCCGACGACCAACCAGGCAAAGACGCCCGCCGGAUCGACCCUCGCCUGCGCCCUCCCGUCGAAGACAUCGAGCUCGCAAUCGACCCUCAAACCGGGAUGGCCAACUACAUCGCGAACGAGAACGGGCACUGGGACACGUCGGCCCGACUCGUGAGGGAGAGGAUUGUGCAGUGUAUCGAGUGGGGGAGGAGGGCGAGGAAUGGAGGAGGUGAGAGGGAGUUGUAUGAGGCCUAUCGGCUCCUCGGCACCCUCCUCCACACCCUCGAAGACUUCUCAGCCCACAGCAACUGGUGCGAACUGUCACUCCUCCGACUCGGCUACACCCAGGUCUUCUGCCACGUCGGGGACGCCGUCCGCAUCCAGAGUCCGUCGGGGACUUGUCCGCCGCUCGUCACGGGCUCGUUCGGAGGCGCCGACUUCCUUCACAGUCUUCUCGGCGAAGCAACAGACCACAUUUCCGAAGCGUCCGUCUCCGACCUCUCGAAAGCGAUGGAAGGCGCUCGUUCCGCCUCGUCCUCCGGCCAACGCGGUUUCGGCUCCUCCUCCUCCUCGACCUCCGACACCCUCCGCAAAAUGCUCUUCGACCUCCCCGGCUCUUCGGGAACCGAGUUGAGUCGCGAGAUGCAGGGCGUCGAGGAUAUCCGCACCCGGGCGAACGCCGGUCAGUUGGGAGAGUUGAGCCCGCAGGAGUUGCAUGCGACGUUGUGGAAGGUGUUGACGUUCCGUGACAACGUCGUCAAAGGCAUCGAGCGCACGAUCGAAAAAGUCCCCGGCCUCUCGGCCCUCUCGGAGAAACUCUCGAACAGCGUCAACGCGUUCGUGUUUGAGACGAUCGAGCCCAUGCUCAAACCUAUCAUGGGUCAGGCGACGCAGGUGCUUGGGCAGGGGUCGGCGCAGGUUAUCAACAAUUCGGACCAGUACGCCGUCUUCGACAACCCUCACUCCUCGAACCCAACCCACUCCUUCCUCUCCAAGGACCACUUCGCCUUGAUCCUGAACGAGCCCGCGGGCCAGAUCGCCAUCAUCGUCCUCACGCACACGGUCAAGCAGAUUGUCAAGGCCUGGGAGGAUACGUCGGUUGAUCCGAGGAUGGUUGCGAGUAAAGCUCUCGAGGCGUUCCACCACCCCUACUUCUACAACGACAACUCGGACGUGCAACGCGAGAUGGGCGCGUACAUGAAGAAGUGGAUCGACAGCCAGUCGCACGACGACAAGCGCGUCAUCCUCGAUCGAUUGACCAAGGACGCGGUCAGGCAGCACAAGAACAAACGCAAGGGUCAUGAGUCGGAUCAGGAGGGUCAUGGGGCUCACGGACAGUACAACUCGGUCCUCAUGCCUCAGGGCGUCGGGGCCUUCGCGCAGCAGUACAUCCCCGGCGCCAACUCGGCCAUGAACACGUUCAACCAGGCGUCGAACAAGUUCAGCCAGGUCCAGCAUGCGUUUGGUGGGCCUGGCGGAGGCGGAGGAGGGAGGCGCGAGUUUGAGGGAGGUUUCCAGGAACCGGCGCAGGGGUACAUGCCUCCGAUGGGCGCUCCCCCUCAAGCCGUCCAUGGCGGCGCUCCCUCCUUCAACGAGUUCAACCAGCCUCACACCUCAUCCGGCUACCCUCACUCGCCCGCCCCCUUCGACCAGCAGCAAGGCUACCCGGGCCAAGGAGGCCACCACCACGGCGGCGGCGGACACCACGGCCAUCACCCGCACCAGCAAGGUCCGCCAGGCGGCUACGACUCGGGCUAUGGCGGUGGGAACCGCGGGUACGGGGGCCCUCCUGGUCCUCCGCCCGGCUCGUACGGCGGUGCGUACGACCAAGGUCCGCCGCCGAUGAUGCAGCAGGGCUACGGCAGCGGCGGCGGAGGGUACCAGCAGCCUCCUCCGCCGCAGCAGGGCUUCUACGGACAGGGUCCGCCGCCGCCUCAGGGAGGGUACAACCCCGGCUACGGAGGUCAGGGAGGAGGAGGGUACUACUGA